CAGGGAGGGGACCCCUGACAGCAGCCGCGUUCACUGGGGUGUCUGGCUUUGUGCGUGUCUGGCUGCCUCCUCCUUCCAGCUGCCCCUGGCUACAGACUUCUUCCCCCCCAACCCGCCACGCACGCGGCCCAGGCCCGGCUCCGCUGCCUCGGCUCGCCACUGGGCAAGAAUUUCUAUCCCUUGGCGCCUCCCUGGUCUCCGCAUCCAACUUCCCCUCUCCCAUCCCAGCCAAACAGCAUCGAGAGCCGCGCCUCCGCCUCCUUCUUCCCGCGAGCCCCGCGGCGGGGUCCCUCUGCCCCGAGCCCUUCCCGCUAGGUGCGGCUGCUCUCUCCGCGGCCCCCCGCCAGCCCUUGCAGCCCCCUCCCGCUGCUGUCAUGGCCUCCCUCCUCCUCCUCCUCGCGCUCUCUGCCCCGGGCACGUCCCUCUUCCCCCCAGGCUCGGGGCGGCUGGUCCCCUACGAUCUGCUCUACGCGGAUGGGGUCCGGGCCUAUUUCGCGCGGGACUGGCCGCGGGCGGCCGAGCUGCUGCAGCGCGCCCUGCACAGCUACUCGCAGCUGCUGGCGGCGCGGCGCGGCUGCCAGGGCAGAUGCAGGGACGAGGCCGGCUUCGCGGGCCCGCCGGCCGCUCCCUCCUGGGAGACCCGCUUCUUCGACAGGGUCCUGCAGCGCGCCGAGUGCCUGGGGGAGUGCCUGGGGCGCCGGCUGGGCGCGGAGCCCUCCCUUCACAGGGCCAGCAGGGAGAUCCAGGAGGACUUCGAGCAGAGGGAGCCCUACAACUACCUCCAGGUGGCCUUAUUCCAGCUGAAGAAGCUGGAUGAAGCAGUGUCAGCAGCUCACACGUUUUUCGUGGCCAAUCCCCAGCACCUACAGAUGCGUGAGGACAUGGAGAAAUAUCAGCGCAUGGCAGGGGUGAAGCUAGAGAGUUUCCGAGACCUGCAGGCCACACUGUACUGGGAGGCAUAUGAGACUGGGGUGCAGCACUACAAUGUGGACGAGUACCUGCAGGCUGCUGUGAAGCUGGAGGAGUCACUCGAAGAGGUACUAUUGGCACUGGAGGAUUGUCGAGCUCUGUGUGAGGGGCCCCAGGAGGAUGGCACAGAGGAGGAGAUGCAACCUGGCCUUUAUGAAGCCAUCGCAGCCCAUUAUAUUCAGGUCCUGAAGUGCAGGCAGCACUGUGUCCUUGAAGUUGCCACCAAGCCCGGACGGGUUUCAGCCACCGACGAUUUCAUACCAUCCCAUUUGGAUUUAUUGCAGUUUGCUUAUGAUCAAGUUGGGAACCACACACUGGCUGCUGAAUGUGCUGCUUCUUACUUGCUCUUUUAUCCUUCGGAUGAACUGAUGCUGGAGAAGAUGAAACGGUAUCAGGCGGAGCUGGGAGAGGGAGCAUCAAUCACAGCCAGAGAGAAUAUUCAGCGCUAUGUGCAGAGGUCUCUGAUGGAGAAGAAAUUGAUUUACUAUGCAGUGGAGCAUCUGGGAGGAACUUUUGAUGACCCUGACCCUUGGACCCCUGAUGAGCUGAUUCCUGAAAGUCUGAAGCAGAAACACAGGGAGAAUCAGAAGAAGCAGAGGCUGGAGAAUCUGGAUGUGGGAGAGCAGGAGCAGAGGGGUCCAUUCACUUUUGAGGGCAUCAGCGUCGCCAUGGAUUCUCAUCAGCUGAAUGGAUCCCAGCGGGUCGUCUUUGACAGAGUCCUGACUGAUUCUGAAUGUAAGGACAUUCUCCGGCUGGCAAAGGUGAGGACAGGAGCCUACAAGGGGCGGCAGGCAGCUGGCGGCACGGGAGAUGGUUACCGGGGCAGACAGUCCCCUCAUACCCCCCAUGAGAGAUUUGAAGGGUUAACAGUGUUAAAGGCUUUGCAGCUGGCACAGGAUGGGACCGUGAACUGGAGAGAUGCCACACUGCUCCUGCAUGCCAGCGAGAAAUCCCGGAAAAUAGUAGAAUCCUAUUUCACCCCUGGGAAAAGGCUCCAUUUCUCAUUCACACACCUCGUGUGCCGCACGGCUGUAGAGGGGGACCAGGAUGGUCGCAUGGAUCUCAGUCACCCAGUUCAUGCUGAUAACUGUCUCUUGGAUCCUGAGGGGAAAGAAUGCUGGAGAGAACCACCUGCCUACAUGUACAGGGACUACAGUGGGAUCCUCUACCUCAAUGAUGACUUCCACGGUGGGGACCUGUUCUUCACUGAACUGGAUGCAGUGACUGUUACGGCUCAGGUGCGCCCCAAAUGUGGGAAGCUGGUGGCCUUCAGCUCUGGAGGGGAGAAUCCCCAUGGUGUAUGGGCAGUGACCCGUGGGCGGCGCUGUGCCAUUGCUCUCUGGUACACCCUUUCUCCGGAACAUGCAGAGCAGGAGCGGAUGGAGGCUGAGGACUUGAUGAGACAGAGAGACGUGGAGCAGGAACUGUCACACACAGAUGUUGAGAAGCAUAUGGGCACUGACCACAGUGGUGGGGCCUCACCAGAGCCCCCCGUGCCCAAGGGAAGAGCCAGAGCCUCAAGCCAGAGACGUACGUCAAGCUCAGAGUCUGGGCAGCAACCCCAGAAGCUGCGAGCCAGGGAUGAGUUCUGAGCCAGGUGUGACAGCAGGGCCACACACACCGGCCUGGUAGCUUCGGAACAUGGGGUGGAGGUCUUUAGGGCAAUUUAUUAGUGCACUUGCCCCAAAAACAGGGGGAGGAGGCAACUUGCUUCUCAAUGACGUGUCCAACGAAACGAUGGCAUCAUGAGCAGAACAGGAAGGGCCCUGGCGCCCAGCUCCGUAUUCACUCCCUUGACCUGAGAAUUAUUUAGUCACUCAGAAGUAACAAGCCAGGCUCCCCCCAUGUCCUCUCUUUCAGUGGGACCAUCCAUAUUCCUAUAGGAGCAAAGCAGCAGAAGGAGGGUUCUUGGGACCUUUUUAGGUGGGGGAUUUUCUUACUCCUCAGAGAUCGGGUGAGAAUGAGAGAAGCAUCUGGAAUUCCCAGGCCAAGCACCUGCCAUCCCCCUCCCCCAGACCAGAGAGCCCUGAGAUCAAGAUGGGGAGAAGGAGGGUCAGGGGUGUGACUGCAGGAAAUAAAGGAUGAAUGAACAACCAGAGA